UGCUGGGGGGGUCAGCUGACAGUGCGGUGUGCGCAGGCGCACGUGCGAUCGGAUCGCGAGAUGGCUCGACAUGUUUUCUUAACGGGGCCUCCAGGUAUUGGUAAAACAACCCUAAUUCACAAAACCAUAGAUGUGUUGAAAUCUUCUGGUGUUCCUGUUGAUGGAUUUUACACUGAAGAAGUCAGAAAAGAUAGAAGAAGAAUAGGAUUUGAUGUUGUUACAGUAUCGGGUAAGCGAGGACCUUUGUCCAGAACUAGCUAUGAUUCAGGUGCUCUGAACUGUAGAUGUGAAUAUCGAGUUGGCCAAUAUGCAGUGGAUCUUCCGUCAUUUGAAUGCCUAGUACUGCCUCUUCUCCGAAAAGUUAAUGACAGAAAUGACACAGAGAAAAAGGUGUACGUGAUAGAUGAGAUUGGCAAAAUGGAGCUCUUCAGUGAACCCUUUAUCCAGUGUGUACGUCAAGUCCUAGAUGGAUCCAGUGCCACCAUUCUUGGGACUAUUCCUAUCCCGAAAGGAAAGCCUUUAGGACUUGUGGAAGAAAUCAGAAGUAGAAAGGAUGUUAAAAUAUUUAAUAUUACAAAGGAUAAUAGAAACAAUAUUGUGGAAGAGAUUGUCACAUCAGUGCAAGACUGCAGAGAAUUAAAAGGAAACUGAUUCAGAAUGUGAAUGAUUACAAGAGAAUGUGUCCUAUGAGUUGUGCAGGUUUCUGAUUGUUCUUUAUAUUCUAUUUUGUGCUUCAGGCUUCUUACAACUUUAAGCAAUACUUAAAGAUUUAGUAUACAUCAGGUUGCUCCUUCCACUUUGAGUGCACUAAUGUAAAAUUUUGUCCUUGUUUAUAAAAGUGUUAUUUGAAUUCAUGAUUUUUUUUCCCUAACUUAUGUACAUUCUUUAAGGGAGUUAUUAGAAGUUUACCAGAAUGUAUACUGAUCUAUUUUGGUCACUAUUUGUGAACUGCAUGUAAUUGACAAUCAAGUUCUUUGUUAAUAACCGUCAUGUGAAAUAUAACAUUGCUGCAUAAUAUCUUCUUUGCAUUUUCCAAGGAAAUUUAACUGACAGAAAAAAAGAUCAAUUUUACACUUUAAAAGAGACGCACUAACAGUAUUUGAAUUCAGUUAAAAAUCACAUGCCGCCACAUUUAUAGUUCAGCAGGUUUAUUUGGAAGCACUAACUUUUCAGAGCACUGCUCCUUCAUUAGGUAACUGUGGUACAGGAUCGUAAGACACAGAAUUUAUAGCAAAAGAUUAGUGUCAUACUACUGAAGUGAUAUAGUGAACAAACUUAGAUUGCUGUUAAGUCUUUUAUCUUUUAGAAUGGGUUGCAGUUUUCGGUUCAUAGUUAUUUUUCAAAAAGCUGUUGGCAUUUGACCUAUCCAUAUUAGUAAAUUUCAAUGGCUUGUCUUACUAAUGAAGAUAGUCCCUAGUCUGUCUUGGCACAUGAAAGUAAAAGUCUAGUAUCCAUUAAUGUUCACUUUGCCAUUCUUUGUUGAUGUAGCUUUGCUGAUAAUUAGCUACCACUCAGAUAAUCAUGUAAGAGUGAACCAAAAUAAGUUCGACACUAAAAUAAUCCUGUGUUGUAUCACAUUUUGUUUUUUGCAUUGCAAUCUCGAGAGACCAGUAACUUUUUUUUAAAAAAGUACAAAAUCCUAGUUACUUACUAAAGAAAUUUAAAUCAUGAAACCUUGAGAUUUAAACAGAAGAAUUUAGACUGUACAAGAGUCUUCAAAGCAAACGUUAAAUACUGUGUAGCAUCCAGAAUUAACAUAAGUUAAACAUGACUUAACAGGCUGAUUAUAGUUCAAUAUAAAUCAAUACUUAACAGUAAAUGAUAGAUGUGGCAGAUUCUGUGAAUUGGCUCAGCAGCCACUCAGAUUGAAAUUAUCAAAGUAAUUCAUAAAAUCCAUCAGAUCCUGACUUCACAAGGAAUUUUAAUUCUAUUCCUGCCACUCUGAGCUUCUGGUCAAAAGCACUACAAAUCAAACUCUGCUCAUUUCAGUCUAAAUAGGGUACACUACCACAAGUAUCCAUCAGUAAUAGAAACAGCUGCAGAAACCUAUUCUCAGCUUCUGGAACGAAAAUAGAGAUUGUUGGCAAAGGUAGUCAGGUCUGGCAGCAUCUGUGGAGAGAAAUUAGAGUUAAUGUUUUGGGUCGGGUUCUUUGUCAGAACUGGAUUCGGAUGAUCUCUUGCAAUUUUCUUCAACCAGUUUGUAGACUGGAAGCAAACUGAACAAAUAGCUACUGCUUAGUUUGGACUGACCUAUAGCUUAGAACAAGGUCUUGUUUCAUUUUCCAAAUGUGUUUGUUUUUAGUUUCCUUAGAAACUGAGACCAUUUUCAUUUGUAGUUUUAUCUUUCCUGUUCUUUUGUUUCAUUUUAGUUUAGUCUUUUCUUUGAAUGUUUUUUGCGGCAGACUACACUUCAAAUUAAAUUUAAAAAUAUAGAUUCUCUCAACUACCAUUGUUUCAUAUUGUCAUGUGUAUGAAUUUAUCUAACAUGAUACCUAAUACUCAGCAUCUGGUGCAAACAUCAGAGACAGUUACAAAUAUUUCACCUUUUGUGUUAAAGUAAAAGAUACAUUUUGUCAAAGGUUUUGUCUUGCCAUUAGGAAAAAAAAAAUCACAAGACUUACCAAAGUAAGGGGCAAGCAAUAUUUAUACUGUAUAUGAGUGCUGAUUAGUUGAUACAGGGACUGACUGGUAGAAGCAUUGACAUGAAGAUGCACCAGUUAAAAACUUGGCAGUUACCUGUCAAUUGUUGAUCAAGACAAAAAGACGUUUUGCCUAUCUCUCAAAUUAGUAAUACAAAUAAUGAAUUUCAGUGUUAUUAUUGUGUUUGGUUAGUAGACGUACAUAUCAAAGGCUGGCAAAUGAAACCAAGUAGUACAUCCCUUUGUCUGUUCACAACAAGCAAGAUAUUGAACAUUGUCAGUCAGCCCAUUCUUUCAAAAUUCACAGUCGUGCUUACCAUUUAGAUAUGGUUCCACCAGAGUGUGCGAAGAAUUAUGCAGUCAUGCUCUGUCUCAUUUCUCUGGGCAAUGCCGUGGCCAAUUGGAAUCAACUCAAGACUUUUUAUUUAAAUAUCAAUAUGCAUUAACUAAUACAUUCUCCAUGGCAACGCAUCUACUAAUCAGCAUUAUCCACUCAUAGGGUGUAAAUUUUGUUCAUUCUUUGUAAUUGCAUAUUAUCUUGAGUGCAAAACAAAAAAAUUCAAGUGUCUCUUUUUCAGCGACUUCAUCUAUGUUAGCAUUUUAGAGUGUCUUUUUGUUUAAAAAAAAUUCAAUUGGCAAAGACUUUUUUGUUUCCUCCAGUGAAGCGAAGGGUUAAUAGCUUGGAACAGGAAAUGGUCUUUAUGGUACUCAGAGGCACAUUAAUAGUGGAUUUCUCUCUGUCGCUGUGACAACUUUUUGAAGUAAUCCAUUGGUUGUAAAGUCCACAGGGAUGACCUGUGGAUGUGAAAGGUGUUGUUUGUUGUCUUUUCAUCAAUCUAAACUUCAUUCAAAGUUCCAAAGGUAAAUAGAGACAUAUUUACUUUCCCCAUUCUUCACGAAGUGGAAACCUCAGUCUUGUGAUCUGGUCAACUAUUAGAUAUGUGCAGCACCUAAUUCUCAGUUAUUGCUGAAAAACAGACAUUUAGUUCUAGAAUGCCUAUUCUCUCAAUAAAUUCACUGACUUCUACA